AGAGCAUGCAAAAUGCUGCACAUCUCAUCCAAAAUAUACUGCACAAAAAGUAUAUGCGUAAAUGGUAACUGGUGGAAUUCUUUCAACAGAAAAGGCAAGUGGAGUGUUUGCCCAAAAGGCUAUUUUCUAAAUGGUCUCUAUCGUUCUCGUGGUAACCGAUUACGCAACAUCGAGGCAGGAAAAUGUUGCAAACCUGUGAAUCAUCCCAACAAAUAUGGUUCUUGUCAUUAUCAAUAUGUCAAAUAUAAUUUAAACAAGAAAGGUUGGACGACAUGUAAUGGAAAGAAAUUCUACAUCACUGGGUUCAAAAGAGAUUGUCGUGGCAGUUGGCUUCACGACAUUGCUGUUUUCAAAUGCUGUGAAAUGUGGAUUGCUUGAAGCUCUUUAGCAUCUCCUCAAUUAAUCGAAAGGAAAGUUUUGCUCUUAGGAAAAAAGCGUUAGCCGAAGUUGCCUACAGAAAGAAUUUGUUUAGAUACUUACUUAGCAUAUUGUUCAAUAAAAUUUUGCAGAAAAAAAGAAUGUGUAUAUCUUUAAUCUUUC